AUGUGUGCCCAAGAGCUUGUGCUGAAACAACGGACACAGAUACUCCAUGCUUUGUGCUGCAGCGGGUCAUCUGAACAUUUGGAGCAGGUUUUGGACAUACUUUUGGCCCAGGGAGAGCUCACAUGGGAGGACUAUCAGAACACACAGGUACCAGUCAGUGCACUGUACACCAAAGCCAGGCAUUUGCUUGACCUGGUUUAUACAAAGGGUGUGGAUACCUGCAGGCACUUUCUUGCUGCUCUCAAACAGGUCCUGCCUGAAGAACUGGGAGAGGGACUCUCAUUUUCUGGAUGCUGUUCACAUCUGGAGGAAAAAGAUGAAUGCCAGAACACAUCUGCUCACACCCUUUUCACUCAAAGACCAGUCCUGGUCUGCAAGCUCCAAGGCCGCAUUGAGGAUGUUUUACAGACUCUAGUCUCUUCAGGACACUUCAGCUCAGCAGACUGCAAUGAAGUGCUGCUACCUUUGUACACACCCUCUCAGCAGGUAAAGUGUGUUACAGCCCAUGAGCUAUAGAUAUUUUAAACUGUGGUUUGGCGCUUCCUGUAUCUGUAUCUAAUUGGGUAAGAUUAGCACUGUUAGCGGUUAGGAAGGAAAUACGGAAGCCAAGAUUAGUCUGGUUUUGUGUCUAAGGGAUUUGUACAACUCUAAUCCAUGUGCACUACACUUUAAGAUAGCGUUGGCAGCCUAUUAGCUCAGCUAACUAGCAAAAAAGACUUAAGGGUGUUGAAGCUAUCUUAGGUCUGUACAAGGAAAAAUUCACUUUAUGUUUCAUAAUUCUGUUCAUAACUUUCAUGUUCCCCCGUGUACAGAGGCUGUAGCUCUCAACUGGGCAGCUUAGGUUUGAUUCUAACCCUACGGCCCUUUUACCAUAUUCUAUUCCCUUCACUACCUACUGGUUUACAUCUAAAUAGUUUUUCUUCUUAUAACUGGCUAAGAAAUACACUAUAUUUUUGACCCUUAUAAAAUGUUGUCCUCCUUCUAUUGAACUUUAGUACAGCAUGGACUGUAAAAAUGACACAUGACCUGUAGCUAAAUAAAAACUCCUGUGAGGAACUGUCGGUCUACACUGAUUUUUGUGGACAAAGUGGUCACCCUUUUAUUGUAGUCAAAAUUUUCUCAUCUUUUAUUGCCAAAAUUUCCCCCUAUCUUUUACAGUGAAACUGAUAAUUGAUUGUGAGCAUUUGCUGUUAAAAAGUACUAUCAUACCUACCCCCUCACAACAGUAACAGGUGUAAAAUAUCACUGCACAGAAAUCGUCUAUCUUGUCAUCAAUGGUUCAGUUUGGUUAAAUGUAUCACAGAGAUGCAACACCAUUUAUUUCAGUCUGUUUCGUCCCCAAUCAAGAACUCCUCACAGGAGCUUUAAUUUGAUUUAAUUGUAUUUUUUUGUAUUUUAUUUUAUGUGGCAUUACCUGUUAGCUCACAAACAUCAAAGCGAUAUAAAUUUUCUUAACUAGUUUAUGAGCAAAAACUUUUCUUAUGUUAACAAAUCAUUUGUCAUUCUCAUGUCAAACAGGCGAGGCGGCUGCUUGACCAUGUUCGAGCAAAAGGAGAAUCAGCUGUGAAUAGUCUGCUGCAGUACGUUCAGCAAAAACAAGAAUUUGGAUCAUCACUGAAACUUGAAGAAUCAAGUCUUUCUAAAGGUAAGAUAGAAGUAUGACAAUAUUGGGAAGUAGAACAGUUUGUUCAACAUUUCUGCGCAAAAAUCUGAAAAGAUCAAUUUCUGACAAGUCACAUCUAAACCAAUACAUUUGGGUAACAAAUAAAUGUUACUGCUGUCCAACUCAUUUUGCUUUUUUACUGUCAGAAUUCAUUAGGUAUCAAAAGAAGCUCAGUAGUUCUUUAUCAGCACAGUCCUGCUUUCUUAGUACAUAUGGAAGAACAAGUCACAUGCCACUGGAUGACAUUUACACUGAAGGCCUGCUGGAACUAGCUCAUGACAGUGCUGAUGUUCAUGGAUCUUUGAGCCUGGAGGACAUAGUGGGUGCGGUGGGUACAGUGAAUGAAGAGGCUGACACAGUGCUUGUGUCUGGAGAGGCAGGCAGUGGGAAGAGCACCUUACUGCAGAGGCUGCACUUACUUUGGGCUCAAGGUGCUGCCCUUCAGAACUUUCUUCUCCUGUUCCCAUUCAGCUGUCGUGGGUUAAACUCAGAGCACAGGGAGCUGUCUGUCCAAGAACUGCUGUUUCAGCACUGCUGCUGGCCAGACCGUGAGCAGGAUGAGAUAUUCCAGUUUAUCCAGGACCAUCCACAUCUCAUCCUCUUCACUUUUGAUGGCCUGGAUGAGCUUAAACAAAGCUUUUCAGAUGAGUACAGGAUUUGCUGCCCCACCCAGCGUGUACCUGUUCACAUACUAUUGUUCAACCUAAUCCAGGGAUCUCUGAUGAAGGGAGUGCAGAAAGUGGUAACUAGUCGUCCAGAGGCAGUAGGCCCAGUUUUGAGGACACACUUUCGUAAAGAGGUCUUCCUGAAAGGAUUUUCACCAAGUGGGAUUGACUGUUUUGUGAAAAAACAUCACAAGGAUCCCUCUGUGGCAGCUAAGGUUUUGGAGUCCCUACAGUCAAACACUGCUCUUCUUGGACUGUGUCAUAGUCCGGUCCUCUGCUGGAUUGUUUCGCAGUGCCAUAAGGAGCUCCUUGGCUGUGGAGAAGGCAGUCCUCAAACAAUGACAGAUGUCUACCUCAUGAUCUUGCAGCACUUCCUCCAGCACCAAAGCUCCACAAAAUACACUACAGGGUCCACUUGGCUUCAGGAACACAAAGAAACAGUCCUGCGUUUAGGGCAUCUUGCAUUUGGGGGGAUUAAAACCUCCUGUUACGUCUUCUCAGGUACUGAGCUGGAGACAAGCGGGCUCACUGAAAAGGAUGUCAGCUUGGGCUUUCUCAUACAAAGCAGAGACUUGUCUUUUGCCCAGAAUAAAUGCUUUGAAUUUCUUCAUGUAACCUUACAGUGUUUCUUUGCUGCACUUUACGUUGUUGUGUCAAACAAUACUGACCAGUCAAUGAUCCAAAAGCUUUUCGAGCUGAGAGACAUGAGGGAAACAAAUCAGAGCAGCAUUUGCUUCAUGACCUGCCUGCCUUCCUCUGAGAAACCAGAACAGGCUUCAGAAACAACAGCAGAAACACCAAAUUUGCAAAUAACAGCCACAUUUGUGUCUGGACUGCUGUCCCAGCGCCAUCAAAGCCUGUGGAUCCCCUGCUGCCCUAGCGCUGUGAUGAAGAAGAGGACGAGACAGGUGUGGAGAUAUCUAUCCAAAGGCAUGCAGAAACACUUUAAGUCCAUACCUCAACCAGUAGAAGGAGAGAAGAAGAGCAUGCAUGCAAUGCCAGGCUUUGUCUGGCUUAUCAAAUGCAUCUAUGAGAUGCAGGAGAGCCAGAUUGCCAAAGAUGUUAUGAGUAAGCUGGAGGUCGACCACUUGAAACUGACUUACUGUAACAUCGGGCCAGUAGAGUGCACUGCACUAGCCUAUGUUCUUAGGCAUUUGAAGAACCCUGUCGGCCUUCAACUGGACAACAACUCUGUUGGAGAUGUUGGAGUAGAGCAGCUUCUUCCCUGCAUGCACAUUUGUAACUCUCUCUAGUGAGUAUGACAUAACUAAAUUAAUACUGGACAAAGAUUAUACAUAAAUAAUGAUUGUGGUAAUGAGCUAAGAAGUACAAGAUAUGCUUAAAAGUCUUCUACUUUUAUUUCUUCAGCCUCAGGAAUAACAACAUCACAGAUGAGGGGAUCUGCAAACUGAUUUCUAAAGGAAUCCAGUGUGAGAACUUCCGCAAGAUUGCGUAAGGCCCAACAAGAAGAUAAAUAAGACUGAUUUGAAAUAAAAUAAUGACAUUUCCAAGAUUACCUUUCAUAACCACCAUGGUUCUUUCUAGGCUCUUCAACAAUAAGCUAACUGAUGCUUGCACGCUCCACUUUUCUCAUCUUCUAAAGACCAAGCAGGAUUUCCUCUCCAUUAGGUGAGAUACUGAUCUUGAACUAUACAAAUAUGCACUUUGUAGGUGCAAUAUUUCAAGAUUAACAAGCUAACCUCUCUUUUUUCAGGCUAGGAAACAAUAAUAUAACUGCAGAAGGAGCAAAACAUUUGGCAGAGGGACUGAAAGUCAACCAUUCACUGCAGUAUUUAGGGUACAAAUCUUCCUGCAAAACUGAAUACUUGCCAUUAAUGGUGGAUUUUCCUACAUAACUCUCUUUGUGUUUACAGGCUUUGGGGAAACAAACUAGGGGAUCCAGGAGCUGAGGCUCUUGCCAGCGCCCUAGAGAGCAGCAACACUCUGGUGUGGCUAAGGUAAUAUUUGUUUUAAAAAUAGCCCAACAAUAGGUAACCCUAAGACACUCCAGAAGAUAUAUUACAAGUUUAAGUUUUAAAGUAUUAAGCAUGUCAUACCAAUGUGUAAGGUUGCAUCUUGACCACUAGUAUUGUUACCUUUUAUACAUUUCAGUUUCAUCACCACUGCUGUACAUUUUGCCAGCUGAAAAUAUAUCUACUUGUCACUCUAACUCACUAAUUAACUUAACUCCAAUAAAAUAAAAAUGUCAUGUUAUUUGCAGCCUUGUAGGCAAUGGUGUUGGCAGUGUAGGAGCAUGUGCCCUUGCGAACAUCAUUAAGAACAGUGCCUCACUGGAAGAGCUGUGGUAAGCUCUGGAAACAAGUUAUAUUUGUACUUGUAAUGACAGUAAAUAUGACAUACCAAAUGGCUGAUCAGACUCUUCAACACGAGGAGUACAGUACAGUAUGUAAUGUGCUCUACCCUCUCUCUGCCCACUUAUUUCCUGUAAAAGGUUAACUGAAAACUGCAUAACCAGACCAGGAGUCGAAUGUCUGAUUGAAGCCCUACAACACAACACCAAUGUGAAAUCAGUAUGGUAUGUACUGUAUACAAAGCCAGACACAAAUAUUUUGACUUUUUGGUCAACAUGAGAUUGUGAGUUAUUUUCAUGCUGAUUUUGGGGCAGUGCUAGGCCUUUUUGUCGGUUUCAGUGCCAAGAUAAACUGUUACUAAUGAAACUUCUUCCUGUUUUGACUUUGUUUCCAUCAUAACCCAGCUGUACGUCACCAGUGAUUGACUUUAUAUUUUCCUGUUAUCUUGCAGGUUGAGAAACAAUGACCUCACUUUGGAGGAAGUUGAGGAGAUGGCACAACGUGAACCCCGACUAAUCUUCUGA